CUUGACCAGUAGGUGAAAUUGUAAUGUGCUGGGACAGUUAGUAUAUGUGAAACAAGGCUGAGCUAAGACUCAGAUAUGUUGGAGUUUAUGGUAAGAGAACUCCGGGAAAAAUAAAAGGCGGGAAGGUAAAGACUGAUGAAUGUUAGAGCUGCAUUGUUUGAUAUCGUGUAUAUUGUAGCUCACAGAGGGUACUUGCAUAUAGAGACAGUUACCACUCAAUGAUACAAUCAUUCAUAAAUUUGACAAGGAAAGAAACACACUGAAGAAGUAUCCUCAAGGUAGAUACAGAUGAAGAGAGCUGGAGAAAUUUCGAGUUGAGUUAUUCUACUGUUAUUGGGAGAAGUGAUCUGCGGAUAGGGAACUGGAGGAUAUAAAAAAACACAAAUUAAGGAACCUGAAUCUGGAAUAUCCUGAACUUUAGAGAAAAUUAUGUAAAUAGACUAACUGAAACCAAAUGUCGAUGAUAUUCUGGUCGCCUCAGUCUGGUAACAUUAUCGGAAAUGAAAAAAAAGUUACUGUUCAAGGGAUAAGACAAGACUGAGGACUAUUUAACUAUUGUAGGAAAUUUGUAGAAAAUUGCAGCGAACUAUCCAGACUCCUGCAAAAAGAGGUGUGGGCUAGGUCAGAGAAAAUUGAAUGGGGACCUGAGCAAGAGACAUUCUUUGUCAAAAUCAAACAGACAUUAGCUUCACACCAGCACUAGCACUCCCUGACGUGAAAAAGCUCUUUCACCCCUCUUGUAGUGAAAGCAAGGGCAAUCAGUCUGCAGUAGUGCUACAGAGACACAGUGACAGGCUCAGGCCUGGGGGAUACUAUGCAAAAUGGAUCUGGUCAUGAUGGGGCAACAUUUAUGUGUUCAAGUCUUCCAAUGUACUACCUGGUCAGGAAUUACAUCCUCCCCCUUGACACAAUUAAGGGAGGAUGUCCACUCCCCACAUAGUAUAGUUUAGCUAUUGGAAGCUGGCAAACUGAAAGGUAUUACAGACAGUUGGUGAGCCAAAAGGGCAGCUGCGCUGUUGCCAGGAGACAAGCACAUGGAAGUGAUUAAAGACAAUUAAGAGAACCCAGCAAGCUAUGUGAAUCAGGAAGAAGAGACACCUGAUUGUAUCCCCCUCAUGGAGCAGGAAGAAGAGACAUAGAGUCGAGUUAAGGAAGAGCCAUGAGAGGGGCCAGAUGUAAAAUGCAUAUUUGUAAAUUGGGAGCAGAAGUACUAUGAUGGUGUUCAGGACCCUCAGCAGAACAGGAUCGUCAACCCCAGGACGGGAGCCGGAAUAGAUUAAUUUGCUUGCAUAUAUACAUGAUGUGAUUGCACGGCGACUGCACAUAAGGAUAUUACUGCUAUUAGCAUAAGGAUGAAAACGCUAAUCCUCUAUGGCGUCCUCUCAAUAUUGAGCCCAUCGGAGGCAGACAGAUGAUGAAGUUUGCUUGGGAUAACUACAGACAAUAUGCAUGGGGGACCAAUGAGCUCAAACCCUUGUCGAAGAGUGGACAUGCAAGUGGUUUAUUUGGAGGGCUUCUGGGAGCUACAAUUGUGGACUCUUUGGACACACUGUACAUUAUGGGUCUUCAGGAGGAGUUUGCAGAAGCCAGAGAAUGGGUGGAAAACAACUUGGACUUUAAUGUGAAUGGAGAAGUGUCUGUCUUUGAGGUAACCAUACGUUUUGUUGGCGGGCUGCUGUCAGCAUAUUACCUAACGGGCGAUGAGUUAUUCAAGAUGAAAGCAAUUGAAUUGGGAGAGAAGCUAUUACCGGCAUUUAACACCCCAACAGGCAUCCCCUGGGCCUUAAUAAACCUCCGUAGUGGAGUUGGUCGGAACUGGGGCUGGGCCUCAGGAGGAAGUAGCAUUCUGGCAGAGUUUGGCACUUUACACCUAGAGUUCGUGCACCUGAGUGAGGUGUCAGGCGAUCCAAAGUUUGCUGAAAAGGUGAUGAAAAUCCGGAAAGUUCUGAAUCGGUUAGAAAAACCUCAUGGGCUUUACCCCAACUAUCUAAGCCCUGUUACUGGUCACUGGGGACAGCAUCAUGUUUCCAUUGGUGGGCUUGGGGACAGCUUCUAUGAAUAUUUGAUCAAAACCUGGCUUAUGUCUGACAAAACUGAUGAGGAGGCCAAAACUAUGUAUUAUGAAGCUUUACAGGCUAUAGAGACAAAUCUAGUGAGAAAAUCUGCCAGUGGUCUGACAUAUAUUGCAGAAUGGAGGGGUGGGAUACUGGACCAUAAGAUGGGUCACCUGGCCUGUUUUUCUGGAGGGAUGUUAGCAAUGGGAGCUGAUGAUGCACCAGCAGACCUGUCUAAACAUUACAUGGAAUUAGCAGCAGAAAUCACCAUCACCUGCCAUGAGUCAUACAAGCGUUCAGCCACCAGACUUGGUCCUGAAGCAUUUCGUUUCGAUGGUGGUGCAGAUGCUGUUGCAACGAGAAUGAAUGAUAAGUAUUACAUUCUGCGACCUGAAGUGGUUGAAACCUACAUGCACAUGUGGAGAUUUACCCAUGACCCCAGAUAUAGGGAAUGGGGCUGGGAGGCAGUGCAGGCUCUGGAGCAGCACUGUCGAGUAGAUGCAGGAUUUUCUGGGAUAAGAGAUGUGUACAACACCUUGCCACACCAUGAUGACGUACAGCAGAGCUUUUUUCUUGCAGAGACAUUAAAGUACCUUUAUGUGCUGUUCUCUGAAGAUGAACUGCUGUCUCCAGAACACUGGGUAUUUAACACAGAGGCCCAUCCUCUGCCUGUGAUACAAAAGAACACACAGGAACAAGUGAUCACACAUGAUCAGUAAACACAUAUACCCUGAAGAAGGGUUAACCUUUAUCAGUCUUUUGGGUUGAGAUGCAUUUCCUUUCCAGUAAAGGACUUUUAUCGAUUUAGAUAGAAAUGGGUUAAGAGUCAGCAGUGUAAUCGAUGUGUUGUGGUAUUUGAUCUGUCUGGACACAUUGAUUUCCUCUGUGAGGAGAUGAGUAGCCCUUUUGGCUGCUUGUAGUGGGCCACAUUUGAAAGUAAAUUCUCAAAUAUAUUACCUGUCCACAAGGCUUGAAUGAGGGAGAAUGCAAAGAUCAAUUUGAGACUCUUCUUUCUGACCAAAGGAUUAAAAUUCAUAACUGUAAAGGCUGUUACUUUACUUCUCAUUUUUAUGAAAAAAAUGUGUAAAGCAAAGUAAAUGCAUAUUUAGUUGUUUAUAUUAGUAAUUAAACUAGCAUCUCUCUGGUACUACGACCAAAUAUUGCAUUGACGUCAUGAUCUGGAGAUCCUGAGGUUCCAUUAUUCAUUGACUAGGCCUUUCAUUUUCUUGGGUCAUUGAUUGGUGUAAUUGUAUAAAAUCUUUGUGUGGUACCUUAACUUGUUUAUUAAUUAUUAACUUUAAAUAAGUUAACAAAUGUGCUAAACAAUGAGGAUAAGAGUACAAUAAAAUUAGUCAACUGUAUGAAGAAAGAAUACAGGAAACAAAAUAUUGACAACUGGAAAUUCAUCUUGAGUAGUAGCUGUUUUGGAUUUCCAUUUACACUAUUGCCCAAAGCAAAUUUCACAAUUUAAAUGUUAUUUUUUAUAUUCCAUAAUCAAAUACUUUUCAAUCUAUACAGACUGAAUGAAAAUAUCCUGAAAUAUGGAUAGUGAAAUUGGGCAAUGCCAGCAGCGUGAAAUGGGCUCUGAAUAAAUUAGCAGCCAAAGUUUCACCUUUCUUGGUUUUCUUUACACCAAGGUUCACAGAACAAGAGUUUAGACACUUGUUUUCAGAUUGACUUCCAUGUCACACUUGGCUUUUACUUGGUUUGUAAUUGAAAAAACUUCACAAUAUUUUCCAAGUUUACAGAAAUUUUAAAUUUGGCACAGUGAAAAAAAUCAUCUGUGAAUUUGCUGCAAACCAUUUUUUGCAUUGCUGGCAUACACCAGUUUCAUCCCCGUUUUGUUUUAAGUCACCAGAUUUUUUUGAUAAUUAUAGUCAAGAAAAAAUUCAUUUUAUGUAGUGCUAUUCUGAUCUCAAUCCAAAUUUACACAUAAUCAUGUAAUUUCUAAUCAAAGUACCCAUCGUAGCCAUAGCUGUGAUGUAAUAUACACUUACAUCAAUCACAUUUACAUUCAUUCUGUCUCAUUUACAAUUUUACUUAUGCAAUUAUGACACUUAUUUUGUUGUUGAUUGUUUUACAUUAUUCUGAUUCUGAUCAAGUCAUAUAUUUAUACUGUUUAUGCCUAAGCUCAGUUAUACAUUAAGGUCAAUUAUGUAAUAUUGAUUGAUUCCAAUGAUUCCAAUGUACAUUAGAAUAAUUAUUAAGAUGAAAAUGACAGUUAGGAAAAGACUUGAAAGUCUAUAUAGCUUGUUCCCCACAUUAUGCAACACAGUAUGUUAACUUCACACCAACUUCGUGCCAUAUCUCUUUGGAGAGGUAAAAGCAAAACUAUCAUAGAGACAUCUGAAAAUUUCCUCUCUGAGCCCCUUCAGCAAUCAAAAUUACUACAGGAAAUCACAUUGUCCUGAGCUACAUUAUACAAUAGUCUGGCCUUUGUUUAAUUAUUCUGAUUUAAAAAUUACAUGGCUCAAGCAAGAAUUCUCAGUCUGUUGGGCUAAUGUUUGUGCUCACUUAUGCACAUCAACUUUUGUAUCAUUUUAUAUUCUUACUAUUCAAAUGCAUUUCAAAAUCCCUUUUAAAUGAUGCCUGAGUCAUCACACAUGAAUCAUUACAUCUGCUAAUAGUAAUUGUGAAAAUUAUUUACCACUUGCCCUCCUUAUGGUAAUUCUGAGUUUGUGUCCCUUGCAACUAGUUCACCAACCAGUGAAAUCCAACUUUUAUUAAUGUUCAUAAUUUUGUUCAGACCUGUUAAUUAAAUGUCUCUUCCAGUGGAAAAAUAACAAUUUUUCAUGACAUUCUUAUACUGUAUAUAAGUUCUCAUUCCAAAUGACAUUCAAGUAGACCUUCACUGUCUCUUUCCAUGACUCACCCUUCCUAUAAACAAAAGUCCAUACUGCACUUUAACUAUAGCCCAGUGUUUUGAAAAACUUCAACAUCAUUUCAGUCUUUAUACGAGGUAUUGCUCUGUAAAAAAAAAAAACCCAGAAUCUUUUAUUAGGAUGUAAUAUCCAGGGAGAUGAGAGGAUGACUAGUUUAUAGUGGUGCAUAUUGAAGGGCAUACAUGGUAUACUCACUUUUUAUCAUUCCAAAGUCAUGUCUCUAAAAGCACAAAGUAGUAAAUCAAGCAAGGAUAAGAUGAUGUAAACCAGUUAUACUUUGGCAAAUCCUUUAAAACUAUGUGACAGCUGCUAUUACAGUUUUAUUUGGACUAAUUGCUAUUAUAUUAAUAGUGAUUCAGUAUGAAAUAAAAAUUUUGGUAAUUGCCAUCGGUGAUCUUUGUGGAAAAAUAUAUCAUUAUAACAGCCAUAAGUAGGAAUAUAUUUAACACCAAUUUUUCUACAUCGCUAGCGUAAGAGAUAAGUUUAUUUUGUUUUAAAAGGCUAUCUGAAUAUCCCUGAUUCAUUUUACAGAUUUUGGUCCAGGUUAUUGAGUGUAUUCUCACAUUUUAAGCAGUAUAUAUGACAUUUGUAUCAUAAUCUAGUAAAAAUCUUGCAACAUAAUGUAAUUUUCGUUUCAAAUUAGUUCAUGCAAUGCUUUCCUUCUCGCACCCUAGCUUACUUAAUGACAAUGUCUCCCUCACUCAAAGAUAAAUUAGUAUGUAAGAAAUCAACACCAAACUAAUUGCUAGACAAUGCACCAAAUAGUGUCAAACGUCUAAAUUUCUUUAAGGGGAUAUUCUCAGAAUAUUCUUCUGAUGUAGAUCUCAGGUGUGUAUCAUAUGUUCACUUUUAGAAUUCGCAUAAUGAUCUUUUCAACAUUUUCCUAAGUUUCUUUGUUCCCUUAUAUGUUAAGAAUCUUACAAUCAUAAGGAAUAAUGCCUUUCCCAUCUCUGUAAAAUUUACAUCUUCACAGUUUUUUUUUUUAAAUUGUAGUUGCCAUCUAUCUGCCCACUUCCUAGUUAUUGGGAAGUCUUGCUAAAACUACACAACUAUACUAGUCAGACCACAGCUGGAAUAUUGUGAACAGUUUUGAGCCACUUAUCUAAGGAAAGAUAUGCGGGCAUUGGUGGUAGUCCAGCGAAUGAUCACGAGGUGGGUUCUGGGUAUGGAGGGUUUGUCACAUGAGGAGAGGUUGAGGAGGUCAGUCUUGUACUGACUGGAGUUUAAAAGAACGAG